AUGGUCUGCAAGAAGAUCAUCAUUGAUACCGAUCCCGGCAUUGAUGACAUCCUCGCCCUGCUGCUGGCGCUGUCCGCCCAGCCAGAAGAUGUCGAGGUGCUACUCAUCUCGUUGACCUUUGGUAACAUCGAGGUCAAGAACUGUCUCCGCAAUGUGGUCUCCAUGUUCCACAUCCUGGAGCGCGAGAUCCAGUGGCGUCGCGAGAAAGGCCGGCCUGAAGGCUUCGGCGCCAUGCGUGCUUUCCGUCCGGUAGUUGCCGUUGGCGCCGAAGAUCCAUUAGAGGAUCAGAAAAUGAUGGCUGAUUACUUCCACGGAACGGAUGGACUGGGGGGCAUCCACGCUAGUCACCCGCACCUCACUGCUAGCCAAGCUUGGGAGCAUCUCUUCGAUCCGGCGAUUGAUGCCGAUGGCAUUAAGACGGUCCAGACCGGCGCUGAUCCCGACGACCACUCGUUCAUUCCGUCCAAAGUCCCGGCUCAUAAAGAGAUCUUGCGGGUGCUGCGCGAGAAUGAGCCGGACACAGUGACCCUAGUUGCAGUCGGUCCGCUCACUAACCUCGCUUUGGCAUCUGCGGAAGACCCGGAGACCUUUCUGCGGGUGAAGGAGGUUGUCGUCAUGGGUGGCGCCGUCCACCAGCCCGGUAAUGUCACUCCGGUUGGCGAAUUCAACGCCUAUGCAGAUGCUUUUGCUGCCGCGCGGGUGUUUGCCCUAACAUCGCCCAACCCUAACUCGACACUGCCUCCUACGAAGAGCUCCUUGCUCCCACCAUACCCGGCCAAACUGAGUCGUCAAUUGACUCUCCGCCUCUUCCCACUAGAUAUCACUCUGCGACACAACCUAUCCCGCGGUGAGUUCCGCGCCGCUGUCAAACCCCUCCUCGAGGCUGGCUCCCCCCUGGCUGAAUGGGUGUCUGUGUUCAUGGCGCACGCCUUCAAGACCCUGGAAAGGAUGCAUCCAGGCCAUGUUGGUGAUGAUGCCCAGCUCAGUCUGCAUGAUCCGGUUUGCGUCUGGUACGCCCUAACCUCCGAAGACCCGCAUUGGGCCCCCUCGGCCACCUCGCCGGAGGACAUCCGUAUCGAGACAGUGGGUCAGUGGACGCGUGGGAUGUGCAUUAUUGACCGGAGGAACCGGCAUCCAAUUGAGGGCGACGAGGAGAGCUCGAAUGACCAUGGUCUUUGGCUGAGUCAACGUGCUGGUAAUCGUAUUUACCGGAUGGAUGAAUCGCCCGCGGAGACGACCUUUGGAACGAUCCUCAUUCAGAGGCUGUUUGGUUAG